AAGUUAAUAAUUAAAUCAAUCAAAUCAAAAGGAAGAAAACUUCCCAUUUUCACGAAAAGGUCGUAGUAAUCUAGCAGCAUCCAUGGAUAUUGAUGACGGGCCUGAGCCAAGCUGCUCAAAGCGUAGCAACGGGAAUGAUCCAGCCGAUGACAAGGAUAACGAGAUGAGCGUUAAGCGCAGCCGCCCCGACGAUUCGAAUGAAUCCGUGUCCCUGCCUGCCGCUCCAGUUACUGGAGUGCAGGUCAGCGCAUUGGAUUACGAGAUGCAGCCCAGCAGCGCUGCUGCCGCCACAGGAAUAAUGGCGGAGGCAGAGUCACAGCCGCAGGAGCAGCAGCAGGAGCAGCAGCAGGAGCAGCCGCAGGAGCAGCAGCAGCAGCAGGAGCAGCCGCAGCAGCCGGCUCCGUUGCCGCAGCAGGCUCUGUUGCCGCAGCAGGCUCCGUUGCCGGAGCAGGGUCCGUAUCUGCAGCAGGAGCCAUAUCCGCUGGGGCUGCCGUAUUCCAUUGUCCGUUGCCCAGUACAUCCGAAUCGCGUAUAUGUGUUUCACUGGGCUUGUCUUCGUCAUCUUGCCUACAAUAUGCCGUUUAAUGAUAAAUAUCAUGGACGUGACCUCUAAACAUAUCCUCUCGAAAGAAAAACUGCCAGAAACACGUGGACCAAUAACAAAUCUACAAACCAAAGAGGGAGUAAAAAUAGCAAACGGGCAACGAUGAACUAACUUCAAAAGUCAAUCAAAAAAUAUAUAAAUUUGUAUGUAUUCCACAAGGAAUUAUAUCCAUUAAAGAAAAAAAAAACAAAAUUGUACCUCUACUUAAUAUGCAAACAUCAAUAAAUU